UUGCCUACUAUUGUCCUCAUUGGCGGUGGUACCGCAGGGCAUGUUACGCCCAAUAUCGCGCUGUUGCCCGCUUUGCGCGAUGCUGGAUACGAUGUGUAUUACAUCGGUACGCGGGACGGUAUUGAGCAAGAACUGAUCGCACGGGAGGGCAUUCCCUUUCACGCGGUUCCCGCAGGCAAACUCCGCCGCUAUCUGGACUGGCAAAAUUUUACCGAUCUCGCCCGCAUCAAGUUUGGAUUUCUCAAGUCGCUGUUGAUUCUCGCUCGUAUCAGACCCGAUAUUGUCUUUAGUAAGGGGGGAUUUGUCACGCCGCCCAUUAUCUGGGCUGCGUGGUUGCUGGGCAUUCCCGUGGUGUGUCACGAAUCGGAUCUCACGCCGGGGUUGGCCAAUAAGCUCUCUUUUCCUUUUGCAAAGCGCGUUUGCUAUGCUUUUGCGGAGACAGCCAAAUAUUUGCCCGCUGGCAAAGCGGUUCAUACCGGUAUUCCGGUUCGCGCAGAACUCGCAAAUGGCGAUGCCCAAAAAGGGCGUGAUCUGUGCGCUUUUAAGUCUGAGAAAUCCAUUAUUCUCAUUAUGGGGGGUAGCCUGGGAUCGCGUGCGAUUAACGCGGCGGUUCGCGCUGCACUCCCCGAUUUGCUUGUCGAGUACCAGAUUUGCCACCUGUGCGGGCAGGGCAAUCUCGACUCGGCUCUUGAACAGACCGAAGGUUACGCGCAGUUUGAAUAUGUUACGGAUGACCUGCCGCAUCUUUUUGCGGCAACCGAUUACAUUGUCUCUCGCGCAGGUGCUACCGCGCUCUUUGAACUUCUCUCACUCCAAAAACCCGCGCUUUUGAUUCCCCUUUCCCCUGCAAGCCAGUCGCGGAGAUCAGAUCGAGAAUGCCGAAGCUUUUCGAAAUGCCGGUUAUAG